AUGGCUGAAAUAGUAACGAAAGCCAGGGAUACGAUGGAUAAGCUGAGGAAUCCAAGAAGCAGAUAUCAAGUCGUAAACAAAUUAGAUACCGAGGAAAUAAACCGUCUAAAAGCGAGGUAUGCUUACAUUAAAAGGAAGGAAUUUCUAUUUGAACUAAUCAGUAGAUUUGAUAACAAGAAAACAUCAGACCGAGAGGAGAGACGAAGUAAUUGGAGCGCCAGUCCGUGUUCUGAACUGAACUUCCAAGCGAACGACGAUGAGGGGCGGCGGGAGAAGGAGGAAGGCAUGGAGGAGGAGGAGGACGAUCAGCAGCAGGAAUCCGUCGACAUGGGAGAUUAUGAAAAUCGUAUCAAACCGUCACCGAACUAUUGGUACAUUCUCGAUGGAAGAAAUUUGGCGGAGAAAAUAAUCUACUACCGCACGUACAGACUGCAAAGCACCACAGAACUUGAAUCGACCCUUAUCAACUACAAAAGACCAACAACUCCAGCUAACCUCGCAGUACCAACUUUAGUCACUCAAGCGAUAUUGGAGCCAGCGCUGAUAAAACCAGUUGUCUUACCUGUCACAAACAACAACAACGUUCAACAAUCAGUGAUUCAACCUGGAAGCAAAUCAGCCAAGCCGAACAGACAACUGGCUGUUCAAGUUGGUCCGAGGCCCAAGACUGGACCAUCUGCCGUCAAUGGCAAAGGGCCAAACAAAAUAACUUUCAACAACAAAGCCUUCGAUGAGUCAGAAUUGAGAGCGGAAUCAGUAAAUAAAGUAGAAAAUGAAAAAAUUAAAGUCACAGAAGAGCAAACUGUAAAAGAGGCUUUUGUUAGAAACAAAAAAAAAAAAAAGAAAAAACAAAAAUCUGAAAAUCAGCAGAUUCAGCAAAGUCAACAGAAUGAAAAUGUAAUUGAUGAGACGAAGGAAGAAGAAGAAACAUUGCUCAAUGAAACUGCGGCAGUUAAACAAACAAAGGAAGAAAUUGUUGAAAAAACAAAUAUUCAGGAAGAGAAAGAAAUUUGCGAAGAAAAAGAAAUUCAUGACAAAAAAGAAAUUCAUAGAGAAAAAGAAAUACACGAAGAGAAAGAAGCGAUAUCAAGAUCCAGCGACAGCAGCUUCAGUGACACUAAACGGCGAGCAAAAUUAACUAGAGAAGGACUGGAGAAAGAUGCAGUGAUAGCAAAACUGGACAAGAGAAUUGAAAAAGAUUUGAAAGCAUUGCAAGGCAUACAAGAUGACGGUGACGACAAUGAUGGAGGUCUGGAUGAUGAUGCCUUUAACGACAUACUACAAGGAAAUAUUAACAAGGAACUGGACGAAUUUCUAAAAAUACAUUAACCUGCUCAAUAAUUUUCACAACGUAUUAUUGAUUUGUGAAAGAUAUUUUUGAUGCUCUUCUUAAAACAAUUUUGUUUCUUCACUUAAUUAAACUAAAAAAUAAAAAUUGCAAAUGCUUUGCAUUGGUAAAAUUUUGUGAUAUGGUUAUACCAAAAAACCAAUUUUAUGUAAAAUAAGGUUCAUUUAUAAGGU